GCUGCUUUGACCUCUGAACCGGAAGUAGUCGCCCGGGGGAAGCGGUCCUUUUAAAAACAGCUGAAUUUUAGAGGGAAAAUUUCUGCUUCAGGAUGAUGUCCGCGCGUUCCCCGCUCUCUGUGAAGAACGACAACAUCCUGAGCGACAAGAUGAGCGACGUGUCGCUGAAGGAGAACACGCCGCCGGGGCUGAACAGCAGCCGGAUCCUGGCCUCCAAAACCGCGCGGAAGAUCUUCAGCGAAGUGUCGAAUAAACCCGUGAAGGAGAGCAGAGAGGAGGAGCCGCUGCUGAAGGACAACCCUCGUCGCUUCGUCAUCUUCCCCAUCCAGUACCACGACAUCUGGCAGAUGUACAAGAAGGCCGAGGCCUCCUUCUGGACGGCGGAGGAGGUGGACCUGUCCAAGGACCUGCAGCACUGGGAGUCCCUGAAGGAAGAAGAGCGCUACUUCAUCUCCCACGUGUUGGCCUUCUUCGCCGCCAGCGACGGUAUCGUCAAUGAGAACCUGGUGGAGCGCUUCACACAGGAAGUCCAGGUGACUGAGGCCAGGUGUUUCUACGGCUUCCAGAUCGCCAUGGAGAACAUCCACUCUGAGAUGUACAGCCUGCUGAUCGACACCUACAUCAAGGAGCCCACAGAGAGAGAAUACCUGUUCAACGCCAUCGAGACUCUGCCGUGUGUGAAGAAGAAGGCCGACUGGGCAAUCAACUGGAUAGGGAACAAGAACGCCACCUACGGAGAGCGGGUGGUGGCGUUCGCUGCUGUGGAGGGGAUCUUCUUCUCCGGUUCGUUCGCCUCCAUCUUCUGGUUGAAGAAGCGAGGCCUGAUGCCCGGUCUGACCUUCAGCAACGAGCUCAUCAGCAGAGACGAGGGUCUGCACUGUGACUUCGCCUGUCUGAUGUUCAAACACCUGGUGAACAAGCCGUCGUCAGAAACCGUCACCAAGAUCGUCAGGAACGCCGUGGAGAUCGAGCAGGAGUUCCUGACCGAAGCUCUGCCCGUGAAGCUGAUCGGGAUGAACUGUGACAUGAUGAAGCAGUACAUCGAGUUCGUGGCCGACAGGCUGCUGCUGGAGCUCGGCUUCUCUAAGAUCUACCGGGUGGAGAACCCCUUCGACUUCAUGGAGAACAUCUCUCUGGAGGGAAAGACCAACUUCUUUGAGAAGCGGGUCGGGGAGUACCAGAGGAUGGGGGUCAUGUCUGGACCAACAGAUAACACCUUCAGACUGGACGCAGACUUCUGAGACGUCUCUGGACAUGUCUCAGAGGGACAGACUAUGUAAAAGAACUGAUUUCAGCCAAUCAGAGCGCAGCAGCACACCUUCAGGUUAAACUCUCCUCACCUGGUCGUGGACCUGAACCAGAACCAUCCUCUGUAUAUAACCCCAUGUGGCAGGUUUCAUACUGUGUACAUAAAUGUGUACAUAGCUGUAGGAUUUUACAAUUAUUCUUUUUUAUAUAUAUAAUAAAGUCAAACUUUCUGUUUGAAAAAA